AUGGCGCCUUUGAGAGCCACGCUCCCAGUUAUACCUCUUGCUAAAGAUACCGUCCUCCUUCCCGGAAUUGUAUCAAGGAUACCCGUUCCCGGAAAUCGAUCAGAUGUACCGGCUUUGCUUUCAACUGUCUGUAGUCGAGCAGCUGCAACGACUCCAAGCCAACGACUCGACAAUAUCCAUAUCGCAUGCGUCCCGUUAAACUCGCCGCUCAUCAGCCGGACUGGGCAGAAGAUGAUCCCACAGGAUGAGCAUACCCCGAAGCCGAAAGAGCGAUUGGAUAUAAACCCUUCAAGUGCUACAAAUGACGAUCUAUUUGGAUAUGGCAUUGCUGCGAAGAUAUCAGGAAUUGAAGGGCGGGGCACUGGCGAGUUCGCUUUGUUGGUCGAGGGAAUAACCAGGAUCAGGAUUGAUAAAGUGACAAAAGGGGGUCUUUUCUUUGAAGCAGAAGUCACAUACGAAUAUGAUGCCGCUGUAUCCCACGAGGAUACUGCAAUACAGGAACUGUUCGCAAAUAUGAAACAGCUAACCCGCCAACUCCUGGCAUUGUUACGGCUUUCAUCCCUACUCUCUCGAAAUUCUGGCUCCUCGGGGUUAUCUCCAAUACUAGCCCGCCGUCUUGAACUUUACAUUGCAAAACGCGGGGUGCAGGAUGCCGGGCUCCUAGCUGACUUCAUGGCCAACAUUGUUGAGGCCUCCUUCGAGGAGAAGUUGCAGAUUUUAGCUGCUUCAGAUGUGAAAGACCGGCUAGAGAAAGUCAUAGCCCUACUUCAGCGUCAGGUUAACAACAUGAAGAAUAAUGUUAGCAUUACGACGGUUACUAGCACGAGCAUUCCCUCGAAUAUCGAUUUGGACCAGAUGAACAAGCUGAAUGGGCUGCGAGCAAGGAGAUCUGGAGGCUCAGGCAUGCCAUUGCCGCCCGGAAUGGGAGGAGUGGGGGGGUCCCCCGACGAUGAACAGGAGCCGAACGAGAUGGAGGAACUCAAGAAGAAACUCGACGCUGCCAAGCUUACCCCAGAAGCCGCUAGAGUUGCUGACCGAGAACUCAAACGGUUAAAGAAGAUGUCCCCGGCUCAAGCAGAAUAUCAAGUUACGAGGAAUUAUCUGGAGAAUUUGUCAGAGAUACCCUGGUCGGCAGUGACAGAGGACCAACUUGGCGUUGAUACAUUGAGCAGAGCAAGGAAACAGCUUGAUGAUGACCACUACGGCUUAGAAAAGGUCAAGAAGCGUUUGCUGGAGUACCUCGCAGUGCUCAAGCUUAAGCAGUCCAUCAAUGAUGAUGUCAAUACCCAGAUUGCCAAGGCAGAAGAAGAAAAGGCUCCGGAGAAGGCUGAUAUUUUGAAGAGCAAACGGAUGAUUGACAAAUCUCCCAUCUUGCUCUUAGUUGGACCACCAGGGGUUGGAAAGACGAGCCUCGCAAAAUCAAUCGCAACCGCUCUAGGACGGAAAUUCCAUCGCAUCUCUCUUGGAGGCGUACGGGACGAGGCAGAGAUCAGAGGCCACCGCAGAACAUACGUUGCAGCCAUGCCCGGCCUGAUCGUGAAUGGUCUCAAGAAGGUCGGUGUGGCUAACCCAGUGUUUCUCCUCGAUGAGAUCGAUAAAGUCGGGACAUCUAACUUCCAUGGCGAUCCUUCAGCAGCUAUGCUUGAGGUUCUUGACCCCGAGCAAAACCACACCUUCACUGACCAUUAUGUCAAUAUCCCAAUAGACUUGAGCAAGGUCCUUUUCAUCGCUACAGCAAACACUCUAGAUACUAUCCCACCCCCACUACUCGAUCGAAUGGAAACCAUCAACUUGUCAGGCUACACGACCCUUGAAAAGCGACACAUUGCCAUGCGACAUCUAAUUCCUAAGCAAAUUCGAACAAAUGGACUCGUGGACGGACAGGUCGAAUUUAGUCAAGAUGUUGUGUCCAAGAUAAUAGAGUCCUAUACCAGAGAGUCUGGAGUGCGGAACCUUGAGCGGGAAAUUGGUUCUGUAUGCCGAGCGAAGGCUGUCGAAUAUGCCGAAGCAAAGGAUUCUGGGCACACAGAGAACUAUAGACCGCAAUUGUCUGUAGAUGACAUAGAAGAGAUCUUGGGAAUAGAGAAAUUUGACGAGGAGAUUGCAGAGAAGACUAGCCGACCAGGUAUCGUGACUGGUCUCGUGGCCUAUAGCUCUGGUGGGAACGGGAGCAUACUUUUCAUUGAAGUUGCUGACAUGCCUGGAAAUGGCAGCGUGCAGCUUACUGGGAAGCUCGGCGAUGUUCUCAAAGAGAGUGUCGAGGUAGCACUGAGCUGGGUGAAGGCUCAUGCGUAUGAGCUUGGCAUGACGCAUGACCCUUCUGAAAACAUCAUGAAAAAACGUAGCAUCCAUGUGCAUUGCCCAUCGGGCGCAAUUCCAAAGGAUGGACCUUCUGCUGGUAUGGCACAUGCAAUCGCACUGAUAUCUCUCUUCUCGGGCAAGGCUGUACCUCCCACUAUGGCUAUGACGGGCGAAAUUUCCCUCCGUGGCCGUGUUACCGCUGUUGGGGGCAUCAAGGAAAAGCUUAUUGGAGCCCUUCGAGCUGGAGUGAAGACCGUACUCCUGCCUGCGCAGAACAGGAAAGAUGUCAAGGAUCUGCCGCAAGAAGUGAAGGAUGGCCUGGAGAUUAUCCACGUCGGGCAUAUCUGGGAAGCAAUGCGCUAUGUAUGGCCAGAAGCCCACUGGCCCGGAGAAGUGAAUUUCGCCGGCAUUGAAAGUCGGCUUUAG